UUCGGCGUUCGGCCGGUCGCACGCGACCCGUACGAUCUCUUUUCAUCGUAUGGCUAGCCUGUACGCCAUCUCCCUCGCGUGGUGGGGACGCGUGGCUGACCAACCGCCAGCACCUCGCCUUAUCCAUUCGUGGAUGCUUCGCUUCCAUUCAUUUUUCUCGCCCUGCACUGCUUCCUCCUCGAUCUAUUCUAUCUUUUCACACAUCGAUGACCACCGCGCGCAGCUAGAUCAGGCGGCUCGAAGGGGACUAGAGAUCCAUCGCGCGCUCUCCGGUGAUGCUGCGCCCUCGGCAGCAGUGGAGACUUUUUGCUGCGGGCUGCAAGUCACCGUUGGCUGCCGUUCCAUGUCCGUGCAGCUCCGGUGAUCCCGGCUUCAAUUAAAAUCUUCCCAUGCCACCGGUGGAAGAUUUUUUCUAUUUUUGAUUUGCCCACACGGUUGUAGCUUUUUGAAUCGCUGGUAGCAGCUUUCUUCUUAACCGGUUGAAUCUUUUUUUAAUCACUUUUAGAUCCAGCUUUGGUCCAAAUAGAUGUGAUUUUUGCAAAAAAAAUAUUCCAAAUCACCGGUUCCAGCUUACCAAAUCACCGGUUGUAGCUUUUUAUUUUAUUCAGCCGGUUGUAGCUUUUUUGGAUUUUUAGUGUCAAUUCAAAACCAAUGGUUGUAGUUUUUUUCAUCUGAUUGAAUCUUUUUCAAUCACCGGUUCCAGCUUUUCGAAUCAUCGGUUCCAGCUUUUGCUCAGCUUAAUUCAUCUUCUUUGCUGGAACCAGGUCAUUUUUUGCUGGAACCGGAUCUUUUUUUUUUGCUAGAGCCGGCAAAUGAUUUUGCUGCGACGAGUUUCUUGUUGCUUGAGAUUAUUUGCUACGAUCAGGAGGCGGCGACGCAUCUUUGCUGGAACCAUAUUAAUAUUUUGCUGGAAUCGUGAUUUAAUUUGCUUCAAGCAAAUUACUGGGUUUGCUAGGUGCUCAAGUUGAUUUGCUGGAAACCUUUGUUUUUCUGUUGGAACCAAUUUUUGGUUUUGCUGCAACUACCCACCGGAGUUCUUUUUUGGGCUGAGAUGUGUUUUUUGGUGGAAUCAGGUGGUGCAGGUCGACUGCGGCGUCGAUGUUGUGCUGUGAUGGGCGGAGCCAGUGCGAGUUGCUGCGUCCGACGUUUGGCAAAGAUGCAUCCGUCGGGGGGUGGUGCUGAAACGACGGGGGAUGAGGAGGGUGUGCAGCGACGACGAAUUGGAGCUGCGGAGAGAGGCGGCGAGCGGUGGAGAUCCGACGGGUCAAGUAGCUCGUCCAUGGCACUCGCGUGAUUUGCAGAGUAAAGAACGGCGUGGUGGGGACGAAAGAAUCUGACGGUUAAAAGAGUUUUAAUCAGACGUACAGGAUACGACCGGCCCAAAUUUGGGCCGGCGCACCGGCGCUUAGUACUGGCCAAAAACAAAUCACACGAGACAAACCGGUGCCUCCCAAUCUCAUCCCGAGUUCUGUUCGGCAUGGCGGCCAGCCAGACCGCCGUCGCCUGAUCGCACGGCGGCACGGGCAGGCCGACGACGCGACGCAGGCAUCCGGCGACAUCCAUCUCUCGGUCCACCAGCCUCGCUUCAUCUUUACUCCAUCUCGGUAGUGGGCAGCAGACGAUAUCGGAGGAUCACUCAGAUUCCAGUUCCAAACUAUGUUUUUUUACACUUCUAAAGGUAAACAAUUUAGUAUUUAUUAGUAGUCAUUGUAUCAAAAAUGCAUAGGUGAACAUGGCGCCACGCGAGGUCUUUAUCUCACCAUCCAUUUCUCUCAGAUUUGUAUCGUAUUCAUACCAUAAGCAGCAUAUCACGUAUAUUGAAUAUUUCUCCUUGCAGUAUUGAAUCUCUAUUCCACAAAACAAUCAAUGCAUAAGGGGCCACAUGCUUGAUAAACGUGACCCAACUCAUUUACUAGGAGCAGACCUCAUUUACUAGGCACAGGUUGGGAACGUUAACUGCAUUUGAAGCCUGCACCACCAUCUCUCUCCAUCCAGCGUCGUUGAAGUUGGAAAGUGAGGUAUUAUAGUGUCAUCACAUUUACUAGGCACAGGUGAGGAUUAAUGCACCACACUGCCCUCGUCUUAAUGUGUGCUGCUCCACUACAUAUUGCUAGUGCAUCACCCUCUAUAGCUGCAACGAAAAUGUGUAGUCUGCUAAUUGGUCUGAACAUUUUCUUAGAUGAAUUAGUCUGAACUGUUAACUAUGCUAGACCAGCUUAGGUCUAUCUCCAUGUCAGGUCAGGCAUAUGCGUACACAUGAUUAAUGUUUCUAAUUUGCAACUACAAAAUUGUUCCUAAAUUGCAAUUAAUAUUUUGAAAAAUCAGGAAUGCAUGAUUUUAAUUUUUAAAUAUAUACCCACCGCAUAAGAUUAAACUAGUCCACCUAGAAUAAAUAAUCAAAGCCCCAAAUAGCUAAUUUCCUUUUAAGAAUAAUUAGUGUAAACUUUUAACUACGCUAGAUAAGGUUUGGUCUAUCUCCAUGUCAGGUCAGCCAUGUGCAUAUACAUGAUUAAUAUUCCUAAAUAGCAACUAAAAAUGUUCCUAAAUUGCAGCAAAUAAUUUACAAUUUUAAGAAUCCAAGAUUUAAAUUUUGAAAAAUAUGUCCACUGCAUAAGAUUAAACUAGUCCACCUAGAACAAAUAAUCAGAGCACCAAUAACUAUUUUUCUUUUUUGGAUGAAUUAGUGUGAACUUUUAACUAUGCGAUAUCAGCUUAGUUCUAUCUCCAUGUCAGGUUAGCUAGGCAUGUGCACAAACACGAUUAAUAUUCCUAAAUUGCAACUAAAAACAAUGUUCCUAAAUUCCAAUAAAUAAUUUAACAUUUCAGGAAUCCAAGAUUUUAAUUUUCAAAAAUAUGUGCACUACAUAAAAUUAGACUAGUCCACUUAGAACAAAUAAUCAGAACCCCCCAAUAGCUAGUUUUCUUACUUUUUUAUCCACAUUUGCCCAUGUAUCUUCCAGUAUGUGGUGCGUCCUCACCUAUCGCACAAUCUGUGUCAUGUUAUGCUUAUCACUCAACAAUCCAUUUUGAUGUUGUUUUGCUGAUAUACAAUCAACACUAGAAAUGAAUUCAUUUUUGUCCCAAUUGUUGUGCUUACCACAUGAUUAAGAUGCAUGGUACCUCACACACAAAACAGGAACCAUACAAAUUAGCGUGCCUCUCACAAGCCAAGCACCAUAAAUCUCUCACAUGCUGCCACAUUUGUUUAAUUGUCCGCGUAGACGAUUGUAAAUGAGUGGGCAGGUCAUCAAUGCACCCAACAAAUAUUACCGAUUGACUAAACGACAAAGUAGUAUGCAUACGAAUUUAAAGCUUUGAGGCCCACUCCUGCCCGGUAAAGAAAAGCGUAUUCCAAUGCAUUAUUGAGCAACACUGUUUGUAUUGCAGCAAACACUAUAUUAAUUACUCCCUUCGAUCCAUAUUACUUAUCGCUCAAAUGGAUGUAUCUAGAUGUAUUUCAGUGCUAGAUACGUCCAUUUGAGCGACAAGUAAUUUGGAUCGGAGGGAAUAGUAAUCUAGAUGCGAACGUGGACGACUGAGAUUACGGCAUCGCAUAGAACCAUAUCCUAAAAAUCCGCGUCCUCAUUGUAUGUACUUCUGAAUGACAUGUACUAUACAUAUACAUAUAUUACUAUAAUAGAAGGUCAAAUAAUUAUGCCAUUUUGCAUCCAAUUCAAGGAAUUUGUAUGGCUUUCGGAGUGUACGUGCACUUGGUAUAUAAAUUCUAACAUUUUUAAAAUAAAUAAAAGAUGUCUAAGACAUAGCCGGCGCAUUUGCGUGCGUGGGCCACUUGGCUAUUUUUUUAAGAGAAAAGAUACCGGUGUAUGGUGCAUCCGAUCAGUCAAUCAGUACAAAAGUGAAAUUGAGAGAAAGAGAUGAUAUAUCUUUCGACAAAGGAGAAAGAUGAUAUGCUUGGACUCUGCAUGACUUACACGUUGAAUAAAUCUUUGCUCGUUAAUAACACGCGGAUGCACACACCAUAAAUAAGACAAUCAAUUGGACGCGAAACAAAGUUUAGAAGCAGCAGCACAACAUCACCAAACACAGUUAAGAAAAUCAAUGGCCAUCUCACUCAGCUUGGUCCUCUCCCCACCGCAACAAUGGCAGCUCCUCCUCCUCCUCCUAGCACUCGUCUCCCUCGGGCUCUUGACGAGGAGAAAACUGAGCAACAAGGGGCUCAGGCUGCCGCCGGGCCCGGCCCAAGUGCCGUUCCUGGGGAACCUGCACCAGGUAAGCCAGCUGCCGCACCGGAGCCUACGGGAUCUGGCGCGGCGGCACGGGCCAGUGAUGCAGCUGCAGCUCGGCACGGUGCCGACGGUGGUGGUGUCGUCAGCUGAGGCAGCGCAAGAGGUGAUGAAGACCCACGAUGAGGAUUGCUGCACCCGCCCCAUGUCCCCAGGGAUGAAGCGUCUGUCCUACGGCCUCAACAAUGUCGGGUUCGCGCCCUACGGCGCCUACUGGCACGCGAUGCGCAAGUUCCUCGUGGUCGAGCUCUUUGGCGUGCGCCACGCUAAAGCUGCAUGGAACGCACGCCAGCAUCAGGUGGAGAGACUGAUGAGCACCUUGAGCGGCUUGGUCGGAGAGCCGGUAGCCCUGAAGGAGCACGUCUUCAGCCUGGCCGAUGGCAUCAUCGGCAUGCUGGGUUUUGGAGACAUGUACAACAACGACAAGUUCCCACACCACAAGAACUUGGAGCACGUGCUCGAGGAGGCCACACAUGCGCAGGCAAGCUUCUCCGCUGAGGACUACUUCCCCAACAUCAUCGGACGCCUAAUCGACCGAAUCACCGGUCUCACCGCUCGCCGCGAGCGGAUCUUCAAGCAUCUUGAUGCCUUCUUCGAGAUCAUCAUUGAGCAGCAUCUUGACCCUCGGCGCGUUAAGCCUCAGAACGGCGGCGGUGACCUCGUCGACCGCCUCGUCGACCUCUGGAAGGACAACCGUGGCACCACGCUCGGUAUCACGAGAGACCAUGUCAAGGGCCUCAUCUUUGGUACGUUCAUUGGUGGCUCGGACGCGGCCUCGGUGACGAUCCUUUGGGCAAUGGCGGAGCUAAUCCGAAAGCCCCAUCUGCUGAAGAAGGUGCAAAAGGAGAUCAGGGACGUGGUGGGCAGCAACGAGAGGGUGCGACCGAACGACAUGCCCAAGAUAGGAUACCUCAAGAUGGUGGUCAAAGAGACACUGCGGCUGCACCCGCCGGCGACGAUGUUGUUGCCUAGGGAGGCCAUGCGGGACAUCCAGAUUGGUGGCUACGACGUGCCAGCAAAGACAAGGAUCUAUGUCAACGCCUGGGCCAUUGGCAGAGACCCGAUGAGCUGGCCAGAUGACCCGGAAGAGUUUAAGCCAGAUAGGUUCGAGGCGAGCGAGAUAGACUUCAAGGGCGCGAAUUUCGAGCUGAUACCGUUCGGCGCAGGGCGGCGCAUGUGUCCCGCCCUGUCCAUGAGUGUGGCCACCGUGGAGUUCACGCUGGCGAACCUGUUGUGCUGCUUCGAGUGGGCGCUCCCGGAUGGGACGAUGGUGAGUGUGGAGGAGCAAGGCAAGGUUAUCCCCCUCCUCAAGACGCCGCUCGUGCUGGUGCCCACCCCGCACGGGCGCGUGUGAGCAUUGCAAGGCGCAUCAUGACACGACUAAGAAGGAUCCAGUCAAAAUUAAUUUGCUCCCAGGUAUAGACCAAGCAUCAUGACACGACUUGUGUGAAUGUUAUCUUCACUUUGUAUGUACUGCCCAUUGUUUACCACGCCUUGAAAGACGAUGUAUUUGAAUAAUGAAAUUGGCACCUACUAUAUGUUGCUACUAAA